CACAUGCCACGUCAUCACCACCACCACCACCACCAUACAUCAUCAUCGCCGCCGCCGCCGCCGCUUCAAUCCCUCCCAUACAUCAUCAUGCCCCAUCAGUACCCAUCAUACAUGACGAUGAUGAAGAUGAUAAUAGUAUUGUGGGUGGUGUACCGGUUGUGAAGAGAUCGAGAUCAAUGGUGCAGGUGAGGUACAGAGAGUGCUUGAAGAACCACGCCGCCUCCAUCGGCGGCACCGCCAACGACGGCUGCGGCGAGUUCAUGCCCGCCGGCGAAGACGGCACCCUAGAAGCCCUCACAUGCUCCGCCUGCUCCUGCCACCGCAACUUCCACCGCAAGGAAAUCGACCACGGCGACGACCACCCCCCACCACCACCGUGCAACAACUGCUACAACAACCCUAGCAGACCAAAACUCUUCCUGCAGGGCGGCGGCGGCGGCCAUUAUCACCAUUCUGGAGUGCCGCCGCCGCCACGUCAUCAGAUGAUAAUGUCGUACAACAUUGGCGGGUCCAUGCGUUCUGAUCAGUCUGACGAGCAGGAUGGCGGCGGCGGCGGAGGGGCGGCGGGGCGGCGGCCGGAGAUGAUGAUGAAGAAGAGGUUCAGGACGAAGUUCAGCCAGGAGCAGAAGGAGAAGAUGCUAGGGUUUGCGGAGAGAGUUGGGUGGAGGAUACAGAAGCAAGAGGAGAGUGUGGUGCAGAGUUUCUGCCAUGAAAUUGGUGUUAAGAGAAGGGUUUUGAAAGUUUGGAUGCACAACAACAAGCACACUCAUCUCGCUGCUUCUACUAACAAGAACAACAACAACACUAAUCAUGAUCAAACCCAAGUUUAGUGACACACUAAUUAUGAUUAGGGCAUGAUUAAGAAGAUGAUUAUAUUAUUAUUAUUAUUAUUAUUAGUUAUUAGUUGUUAUUAUUUAUUACUACUACCUUUUGGGUUAUUAGUUGUUUUUUCUUUCUUUUUUUUUUAAACUAAUUUUUGCUCCUGUUUUAAUUAUUUUUGCGGUCUUUGAGAUGCUACGUCUGGUGAAAUAUUACAUCGGGUAAUUAUUUAUUAACCACUGAUGUAGUGAAACUACUUCACACUAAGUACACAUAUACAUGUGUGUGUGUGUGUAUGUGAUUGUGUGCAGAUCAUCGGUUAAUAAUCGUCUGGUGUAUUUUACCGCCGGAUGUAGCAUCAAACAAAUCUCAUUUUAGCAGUAAUCUUCGUCCACAUUAGGGUGAAAAUUGGGAGAUUUUUGUAUAUUUAUUGAUUUUGAUUCAAACAAAAAUGUAUUAUAGAA